AUGGUUGAGCUGGUUGGGUUGGAGGAAGUGGUCGGCGACGUGACUGACGAAGAAGUCACUGUGCUGAUCGAAGUCGAAGCGCUGGGACUCGUUGAGGAAGACCCCAAUGUUGAGGCAGUGGUGCUCGAUGAUGAAGAGCCACUACUGCUCGAUGUCGAGGACAUGCUACUGCCUGAGCUGGUCGUCGUAUCCAGUUGGAUGAAGAUGCCACGAGCGGUGUCCGGCGGAGUGGUUGCCGACGAAGUAGGUGCUGGUGAUGAGGUUGAUGAAGUUGAAUUGGUGGCGGAUGAGGAGGCUGGACUAGUGGCCCAUGAGGGGGUUGAACUUGAACCAGUCGCGGAUGACCUCAAACUACUCGAUGACGGUGAGGCGGAGCCAGUGGCGGAGAAUGAGGAAGAGGAGGUGGACGAGGACUGGGAAGUGGACGACGCUGAGGAGGAGGAGAAAGUUGGCGACCCUGAAGAUGAGGACGAUGACGGGGAGGAAGAGCUGUUACUAGGCGAUGUCGCCGUCGUGGAUGGCGCUGACGAGGAGGAAGAGCUGUUGCUAGACGAUGUCGCCGUCGUGGAUGGCGCUGACGAAGAGCUCGAGGUUGAACUGGUCGUCGAAGCGGUGGUCGGAACAGCCACACACCUGGCAGCUAUCACCGCUAGCGACGUGGAGGAAGUGACGGUCGAAGUGACGGACGAAGUGCCGGUCGAAGUGCCGGUGGAGCUCCUGGAUGACGAGCUGGUGAUAGUGCUAAGCGUUGAGGCGGUGGUGGAGAAGGAAGCGGAAGUGCUCCUCGAUGGUGAGGUGGCACUUGUAGAGGAAGAAGAAGCGUCCGUUCUAGAGGAGGAGAAUGAAGUGCCUGUUACGGAGGAAGGAGAAGUGCUCGUUCCAAAGGAAGAGGAGCUGGAAGAGGUACUGGUGGCUGAGCUAGACGCCGUGUUGGUUGAACUGGAAGGGGUACCCGUGUCCGUCGAAGUGAUAGUUCUCGAGCCGGAGGCGGUAUCAGAAGGCGUGUUGGCCGGCGGGGCGGUUGCAGUGGAGGAAGUGAUGAUUGAAGUGCCGGUGGAGCUCAUGGACGAUGAGCUAGUGGUUGUGCUAAGCGUCGAGGCGGUGGAGGAGGAAGCGGAUAUGCUGCUCGUUACCGGGGAAGGAGAAGUACUCGUACUAGAGGAGGAGCUAGAGGAGGAGCUGGAAGAGGUGAUGGAACCCGUUGGAUUUGAGCCGAAUGAGGUACUGGUUGUCAAGCUUGAAGAAGUAGUGCUUAUCACCGCUGAAGUAGAAACUGUACUCGGGUCUCUAGCCAACAUGACUCUAGCCCCCGUUAACUUGUUCAGCUCGGUGUUGAACUUUUCCUUGCACUGA